AUGUUGUUAAAUUGGUUUGCCUCUAAAUCCGCAACCUACCCCGUAGUUUCACCAACAUAUUCGGCAUCGUCAGUGAUCAGCGCCAGCCGUCGUCCAGAAUCCUUAACCUGUCUGUCUGGUAGGGAGCCCAGCCAACGGUCUGAAGUUGGAAGACGGCAGGAAAAUACUGGCAGAGAGUGCAUUACGGGGGACCCGUCUCUCGACGCCUCAUCGACAGCAUGA